AUGGUUCGAUACGCCGCGACCGAGAUCCAGCCCGCGAAGUCGGCCCGCGCCCGCGGUGCCUACCUCCGAGUUUCCUUCAAGAACACCCGAGAGACCGCUCAGGCCAUCAACGGCUGGAAGCUGCAGCGAGCUGUCCAGUUCCUCGAGAACGUCAAGGAGCACAAGGAGGCUGUCCCCAUGCGACGAUAUGCCGGCAGCACUGGCCGCACCGCCCAAGGCAAGCAGUUCGGUGUCUCCAAGGCUCGAUGGCCCAUCAAGUCCGCCGAGUUCCUGCUCGGUCUCCUGAAGAACGCUGAGGCCAACGCCGACGCUAAGGGCCUCGACACUGGCGCCCUCGUCGUCAAGCACAUCCAGGUCAACCAGGCUCCCAAGCAGCGAAGAAGGACAUACCGUGCCCACGGUCGUAUCAACCCCUACAUGUCCAACCCCUGCCACAUCGAGCUCAUCCUGACCGAGGGUGAGGAGGUCGUCCAGAAGUCCGACGAGGUUGUUGGCCGUGAGCGCCUCACCGCCCGCCAGCGCGCCGUCCGUGCCCGCAAGGCCAUCACCGCCGCAUAA